AUGAAACAUACAGUCAGUGACUACAUUCAUCUUCUCGCUGGAAAUAUCCCUAUUGGAAUCGUAGCCUUGGCGCCGAUCAUUUCAUGCUUGCUUGCCACGAUUGGCAACUCAGUUCGAGCUUUAUGCAAUGCAAGUACCUCAGAAGAAUUUGACCCCACAAAAGAUGUGUCGAUUCCAGAGAUUAAUUUACCCGGUGGUAGAAUGAAUGGCUUGAUUGGCAGUCCGUCCCCAUCAAGACGAACGAUUUUGGUUUUCUUUGCCGGAGGACUUCAUGGCCCUAUUAGGCCAAUUCUUCUCGAACACUGGGAACACAAAGAUGACGAAGAUGUUCAGUUUCAUAGCCCAAGAAUGGUCGAGGCGCUAUAUACUGGUUGCGUUCCCGUGAUUAUAAAAGAUCACUAUGUAGCUCCGUUCAGCGAAGUCUUGAACUUGAAAUCAUUCGCUGUUGAAAUUCCCGUGGUGGAGAUUCCAAACCUGAAGAAAAUUCUGACUGGAAUUUCGAAGAGAUAG